AUGAACGCCGGCGGUCCGUUCCGCGGCCCGCCCGCCUUCCCGCCGCGCUUCGGCCCGGCCGCCGCGCCGCCCUUCGUCCCCGCGCCGCCCUACGGGCCGGGCCGGGCGGCGGGCAACGCGGGCUUCAGCUUCAAGCCGCCCACCAACCUGGGCGGCCUCCCGGCGCCGGGCGACGCGGCGGGCGGGGCCUUCGCGCCGCCCGAGUUCCGCUUCAAGGCGCCCGACGGCGCGGCCGCCUUCACCUUCUCGCCGCCCUUCGGCUUGGCGCCCGAGGCGGCGGGACCCGAGCCGCCGGCGCCCGCCGCCGGCUUCUCCUUCUCGCGGCCCGCCCCGCCGCUCGGCCGCCCCGACGAGGGCGCGGCGCGGCCGCCGUCCAACGUCGGAGAGGAGGCGGGCGAGGCGGCGCCGAAGGGGCUGAAGCGGAAGGAGGAGCGGGAGCGCUCGCCGCGGCGGAUGGCGGCGGCGGGCGGGCGGGCGGCGGCUCCGCCGGAGAAGCGCGCCGUGCUGCUGAGCCGGCCCCGCGGCGGGGCCCUGUUCGGCCGCACGCUGCAGGAGGUGCUGCGCAGCCAGGGCCGCGAGCGCGGGGAGCCCGAGCGGGGCGCGGCCGAGGAGCCGGCGGCCGAGGGCCGGGAGGGGCCGCACCCGGCGAGGCUCGGGCCCGCGGACGGCGCUCCCGUCGCCCCGGCGCGCAGGGCGAGGGGCGGCGACGGCGCCGACGGGCUGGGCGGCGCGGCGCCGGGAGAGCUGACGGCCAUCCAGUGCAAAAACGUCCCCGACUACCUCAACGACAGGACGGUGCUGGAGAAGCACUUCGGGCAGUUCGUGAAAGUCCGCCGGGUCAUGACGCGCAGGAAUAAGAAGACGGCCGUCGUCCACUUCUUUGACCACGCCUCUGCAGCCCUCGCCAAAAAAAAGGCAAAAGAGUUGCACAAAGACAUAGUGACAUUCUGGCAGAAGAAGAAAACAAGUCCAGCAAAAAGAGAAUUUUCAUCCAAGGAGAAGAAAGCAAAUGAAGAUGAAGGAAGGCAAAGCAAUGAAGAGCAAAACUACCAGCAUUCCCCUCUUCGAAAACCUUUAAUAAGAUCUUCUGCCAGCACUGUAAUGCCCGGUAGAAGCUCUCCAGCAAAGAAGCCUGGUCUUCGAAAGGCUCUGCAGUUUGAAGUAGAUCUGUUUGAUUCCAGUUCUGAAGGACAGAACUCGGAAGCCAUGGGAGCUUCUUUGUUGUCUCUAAGUAACCUGGUAGGAUUAGUGGCAGAGACAUCUGAAGAAAGAUACCGUCUUUUGGACCAAAGAGAUAAAAUCAUGCGACAAGCUCGAAUAAAAAGGACUGAUCUUGGCAAAGCAAAAACUAUUGUUGGCACUUGUCCAGACAUGUGCCCUGAAAAGGAGCGGUAUAUGAGAGAGACAAGAAACCAGCUUAGUAUCUUUGAGGUGCUGCUAGGAUCUGACAAGGUAAAUCAUGCAGCAGCAAUCAAGGAAUAUAGCAGGUCUUCAGCAGACCAGGAGGAACCUUUGCCACAUGAGUUGAGACCCUCUGAAGUGUUGAGCAUGACCAUGGACUAUUUAGUGACAAACAUUAUGGACCAAGGAGAAGGAAACUACCGAGAGUGGUAUGACUUUGUCUGGAACAGAACUCGGGGAAUAAGAAAGGAUAUAACCCAGCAGCAUCUCUGCAACCCACUGAUGGUGUCUCUGAUUGAGAAGUGCACUCGCUUUCACAUUCAUUGUGCUCACCACCUGUGUGAAGAGCCAAUGUCCUCCUUUGAUGCCAAAAUCAACAAUGAGAACAUGACAAAAUGCUUACAGAGCUUGAAGGAGAUGUAUCAGGACCUGGCUAACAAAGGAAUUUACUGCAAGAGUGAAGCAGAGUUCAGAGGUUACAGUGUUUUGCUGAAUCUCAACAAGGGUGAUAUUCUCAGAGAAGUGCAGCAGUUUCAUCCAGAGGUUAGAAACUCCCCUGAAGUUAGAUUUGCAGUUCAAGCUUUUGCUGCACUAAACAGCAACAACUUUGUGAGGUUUUUCAAAUUAGUGCAGGCAGCUUCCUAUCUGAAUGCCUGUCUCUUACAUUGUUAUUUCAACCAGAUUCGGAAAGAUGCACUCAAGUCUCUCAAUAUUGCGUACACUGUGAGCACCCAAAGAUGUACAGUGUUUCCCUUGGAUCACCUUGUCCGUAUGCUACUGUUCAAAGACUGUGAGGAAGCAACUGAUUUUAUAAGUUACUAUGGCCUGAGUGUAUCUGAUAAUACUUAUGUGGAGCUGAAUCGCUCUGCUUUUUUGGAGCCAGACGGAUUACCCAAACCUCGUAAAUCGCUGUUUGUCAGUCAGAAGCUGACAGUCUCAGUUGGAGAAGUUGUAAAUGGCAGGCCACUGCCACCAGUGCCUCACCAUGUGCCUGUGUCUAGCUUCAAUGGGCAGAACAAAUAUAUUGGUGGAAUUGCUGCUGGAGAUCAAGCUGGUAGUAACCAAAAAUCAAGUAUGGAAGCAGCAGAAGGAAGAGUGGAAAGCAAAGGUGUGGAUUUAGAUGUCCCAGCAGUAAGAGUCCAGCCACCAGCUCAUCUUCUGCCCUCACUUUUACCUCGUCCUCUUAUGUCAGCGCUGCCUCCUGCACAGACAAUUUCCCAAUCUGCUGCACAGCCUGAUCCUCUUCCUUCAAAGCCUCAGCCUGUAUACACAGACAUGGAUAUUGCUGAGGUUGUGGAUGGGCUCGUGCACGACGUUGUCAAAGGAGAGUGCAGAGAAGUUGGCAGAGCAGGAGCAGAUUACGUGACUGCAGCAAUCUGCACCUCAGAGGCCACCAUGAAGGAAUUGGUGACUGAAGUGAUGGAGGAAGUCCUCCGACAAGUGGCUGUAACCACGUUCAAUGCGGAAAGGGAGCGUGUGAAGGAGGAAAGGCGCAGAGUGGAGGAAGAAAGGCAGAGGCAGGAAAGAGAACAGUUAAUAAAGCAGUUGAGUCAGUUGGUGAGUAUAGAGCUAAUGGAAGAAGUAAUAAAUGAGACUGUUCAAGAAGCUUCAGCCAAUGAAUUAAAAUGUGCCUUAGAAAGAGAUCAACAAGCCCGCAUUGCCCGGUGUUCAGAAGAAGUGUGUGGUCAUGUCAUGGAUCUCUUCCUGGAGGAUGAGAUUUUCCAGAUUGCAAAAGAAACCAUUCAAGAGCUCCAGUGUUUCUGCAAAUAUUUGCAAAGGUGGAGGGAGGCAGUGGCAGCUCGAACAAAGCUGAAACGUCAAAUGAGGGCAUUUCCAGCUGCUCCAUGCUGCAUGGAUCCGAAAAAUAAACUGAAAGCCCUGUCACCCAGUGCUGAGUGGCCUAUAACCAUGGAGAACUUAUGCAAGAGGAUUGUGAACAUGGGGAAUGGAGGAAAGCUGGGAGUCUCUUGCACGAGGUUGAAUUGGCUGAGAAACAAGACAGUGCAUGAAAUCAAAGUUCAGCACUUCUAUCAGCAGUUGUUAAGUGAUUUAGCAUGGACUCCCCUGGAUCUCGCUUCAUUAAUUGCUGAACAUAUUCCAAUUCAACAAGACCAGGUGUUUUGGAAGGUGCUAUUGGUUUUGCCAAAUGAUGAUGAAUAUGCAGAGGAUGACCCCAACAGGAUAUUGAUAGAAUGGUUGAAGGCCAAGUUCAUGAAAGACAAAAGCUGGAAGAAAACUGCCUCAUGUGAAGAAGUUAAAAUUCAAACACUGACAUUGUUUAAUUCUUCUGGCAUACAAGGGAGCAGAAACAUCAAAGUCAGUGUGUGUGUUAAGGUGGUACAUGGUGUGCUCUCUGACUCUGAGCUCGAUGCAUCCAGUACGCAAAAAGACUUGCUUGGAACCAGUGGUCUCAUUCUCGUCCUGCCCCCUCGAGUUAGAAGUGAAGAUGUUGCAGAAGAAGAUGUUUAUUGGCUUUCAGCUUUGCUGCAGUUGAAACAGUUACUUCAGGCCAAACCUUUCCAGCCAACAGUUCCGCUUCUGGUUCUAGUCCCCAGUCAGGAAGAGGAGGCCACAGAGAAAGAAGUUGAAGAAGGUUUAAUGCUCCAGGACUUGAUUUCAGCCCAGCUUAUUUCAGACUACAUCAUUGUUGAGCUACCAGGUUCUAUCACUGACUUAGAAGGCACCGGAAGGAUCUCUGCAGCUGUGAGCUGGUUGGUUUCCCAGUGCCCAAACUCCCUUGAGCUCUGCAGUCAGACCCUUCAGGAGUACAUUGAGGAUGGCAUCGAUGGUGAAUUUGGCAAGCGCUUCUACCAUGACUGGAAGGAGAGACGUUUAGCUGGCCUGCCAUCUCAGGAGCCUGGGGUCAUCAUAGAGCUGUACAACAGUGUGCUCCAGUUUCUUUCAGAGGUGGCAUCCUCAGAGCAUCUUUGUGACUUGUCUUGGCCUGUUACUGAGUUUUCAGAGCCCGGGGGUAACAAGCUGUUGCCCCACCUGCAUUGGAAUGUGCCUGAUCACCUAGCUUGGCUGAAAAAGGCUGUGCUGUCCUUCCAGAUCCCCUACCUAGAUCUGCCUCCAUUAGGUGCUCCUUGGCGUCCUGUUUGCCAAAUGAUUUUUCAGUAUGCAUCUCAGAUUGCCAGUUCUUCCCAUACUCAACCACUGAUCCAGUCUCAAGUGGAGAAUCUGUUGAGCAAAACAUACCAGAAAUGGAAAAAUGGGCCGUUGAGGUGCUCUGGUGAUGGACCUUCUGUUGAUGAGAUUCCUUGGGAUGAUAUCCUGGCAACAUGCAUUGAUCAUAAGCUGAGAGACUGGAAACCACCCAAACUGCCUGUUGCACCAGAAGCAGUAAGUGAAGAUGGCCAGAUUCGUGUGUAUUACUUCAAGGAACAUUUAAAGAACUUCACUCUCCCUUUUUCAUGGGAACAAGCCAGGCUACGCACACAGGAGGAGAUCCGGCAGGGCCACAAGAGGUCAAGGGUAAAAUCUCCUGUCUCUUUCAAGAAACCCUGUAGGGUCUCCAUGUCAGAUCAGUAUGGUGCUGGUGUAAGCAUACUGUCAGGGCAAGGAAGGAACAUUUCCAGUGCAGAUGAACUCUCAGCUUCAGCCCAGGACCUCCCAGAGCGCCUGUUAACUCAAUUGAAACUGGAGAAAAUGGAAAGCAAGAGGUUUGAAGAACAGUUGCACCAAUAUCUAGCUGAGGACAUUGAGCCCCUUGGUGACCUUGUGGGCUUUCCUCUCUACCUUCCCCAGUCCUUGAUCUCCACUCCAACUCUUGCUGGUCCGUUGAUCAAGAGUCCCAUGUCAUCUGUUCAAGUGGAUGGGAGUGAAGCAAGACUGGAGCUGUCAAUGGAUGACCGAAGCCCUGCGCUGUCAGACAGACUGAAGCAUUUGCAAAGGCUCCUCAGAGCUAACAGGGAGGGUGAAGUUGCUUCUGAGCUUCACCUCUCUGCCCUGAUGGACAUGGUAGAUAUUUGAGCAGAACUAAAGCACAGGUGCAGAUCAAGAGACUUGGUGAAGAAAUCUAGGUCUGGAUGAUUCAAAAGAGGAGCUUCUGGGGCAUGUUGCAGAAAAAGCAAAUGCCCAGGGAGAAAAGCAAAGCAGAUGUUGGGUCUGGGCAACUCUUGUGUGGCUGCCUUGCAGAGAUGAUGUGCUGGAGCUCACUGUGUUCCUUUAGCUCUCUGCUGAGAUUUGGCUGGCCUGGGAACUCCUUUGAAGCUGUCCUGUUUCAUGAAUGUGGAGACAAGUUGAGUGCUGCUCUAGGAAGCCUUAAAUUGAUGUGCUGUAGCUUUUCUUCCUACGACUCUCAUGUUGAAUGCAUUGGUUUGUGCAGAGUUCUGCUGAUGCUCUCCUUGCACCCAGUUUUAUCUCCCCUGCCUCUGAAACUUUGUACCGUGCUGAGGAACGCUGUUGCAGAGCCAGUAUUUUUUUGUUACAACUGGAAGUCAAUUUCUAUAGAAAUAGAAAUGCGGGUAGGGAUACUGCUACUGGGAGGAGUUGGAGAAUCGUUCUGUGGGCAGCAUGUGAAUAAAUAUAAUUUCACCAGGAGAAAACAUUCAGAUAGCAAGGACCCUUGGAAGCAUCAGAACAAUUGGUCUCCACAGACACAGGCCUCAGGAUACAGCCCCAGCUCCCUGCUUCUCGAUGCAGAGGCUACCUUGCAGCAGCACCUUGGUUUGAUAUGUUGUUGUGUUUUUUUUUUUCCUGCUCGUGUCAACAGUACUCAUUAUCAAGUAGUUACAACAUUUUGCUGUAUUUUUGUUUUAUUUAAGUGCUCUAUGCAAACUCAGAUGGAUUUUUGGGCUGCUGGGCCCAAGUUUUGUUAUGUUGAAUAUAUACAGCAUUAAAACAAACCUGUUACUCUACAAGAUAAUUGUCAUGAUGGAUAAGCAGGAUAUUUUCUUCAGUAAACAGCUGUGGAAGAAAGAUUUCCCUUUUUUUGGCAGAGUAGACUACUUACACUCUCUUCUAUAAAGCUUUGAAAAUUCAAGACUUCUUGUGUUAAAUUUAAUAUUGAUUACUUGUAAGUAAUGAGAAGAUGUAGUUUGUGUCUGCAGUACUCCAGGACAAGUAACCUUUCUCUUUUUUUAGUUAAAACAGCAGCAGAUGUUUCUUGGACAGUCCUGCCUGGUGAAAUACAAUUAUUGCUGCUUGGGCAGUAAAUGUUUGUCAGCCAGAGAUCACUGGGCAGAUUUGCUUCCAAUUUCAUUUGAAAUUCAGUCCAAAUCUGUCACCUGCCUUCCAAAAUUAAUUUUAAAUAUAUUCGUUUUUCCAUUGUUUCCUCUUAAAGAUGGAAUAGCAGCAGUGGCUUAGACUGAAGCACUUGUGCUUUGAGCUGUUCAUUUUCAGCGUUCUGCUGAGCUGAGCUCUGUGACCAUGCAUCAGCCUCCUGUGCUACAGAGCAGCCGUGCUGUGCUCUGUGCCUGCUGCUCCUGGGGACUCUGUUAAGCCAGAAUUCAACUGCUACAGUGGCUGUUUCACACCGUCUUCAUUGUUUCAUGUAAAUGUUUUUUGUAUCUAAUAAAUAUUUUUGUUAGUG